AUGAAUCCGGAUAUGGACAAGAUUCUCCUGUUUGGAGACUCAAUUACGCAGUACUCAAGCGACCAGGAUCUCACCUUUGCACUCGCCCCGGCCCUUCAACAUCUGUACCAGCGCAAAAUGGACAUUCUCGUCAGAGGAUACUCGGGCUACAACACGGACCAGGCGGUCCAGUUUUUCCACCACAUUUUGGAGCAUGAAAAGGGAAUCAAGCUGGUGGUGAUUUUCUUCGGGUCCAACGACAGCGCCACCAACGAACAACAUGUUCCUCUCGACCGAUACAAGGCCAAUCUGGAGAAGCUGGCUCAGCAGGCGGUGGACCGCGGUAUCAAGGUGAUCCUCACGGGUCCCGCGCCCCACGACGAACUGGCUCGAAGAGAAAUGUUCAAGGACGAGCCGGGCGUGAACCCGCGGUCGUCACAGCUGCAAAAGAGGUACUCCGAAGCCGCCUGUGAGGUGGCUCUCAAGAUGGGUCUUCCUAGCACUAAUCUGUGGCACGCUUUUGCUACCGACGCUGGAUGGGAGCCCGGAAUGCCGUUUCCCAGCACCGUUGAAGGGGAGGGUAACGAGCACGAAACCUCAGUGACCAAGUAUCUCAAGGACGGCCUGCAUUUUGCCGGACCUGGAUACAAGGUGUGGUACGAUGAGUUGGUCAAGGUGAUUGGGGAGCGGUACCCGGGGCUGAGCGCGGAGAAUCUACCCAUGGUGAUGCCUUUGUGGAGGGAGUUUUACGGCACUAGUUGA